AUGAAUAAUUCUGACACUAACCCUAUCUAUCUAUCUAUCUAUCUAUCUAUCUAUCUAUCUAUCUCAGUCCAUUCAUUUCUAUCUAUCUAUGUCAUUUUUAUUAUCUAUCUAUCUAUCUAUCUAUCUAUCUAUCUAUCUAUCUAUCUCAGUCCAUUCAUAUCUAUCUAUCUAUCUCAUUUUUAUUCAUCUAUCUAUCUAUCUAUCUAUCUAUCUAUCUAUCUAUCUAUCUAUCUAUCUAUCUAUCUCAGUCCAUUUAUUUCUCUCUCUCUCUCUCUCUCUCUAUCUAUCUAUCUAUCUCAGUCCAUUUAUUUCUAUCUAUCUAUCUCAGUCCAUUCUUUUCUUUCUAUCUAUCUAUCUAUCUAUCUAUCUAUCUCAGUCCAUUCAUUUCUAUCUAUCUAUCUAUCUAUCUAUCUAUCUAUCUAUCUAUGUCAUUUUUAUUAUCUAUCUAUCUAUCUCAGUCCAUUCAUUUUUCUAUCUAUUAUUUUAUUAUCUAUCUAUCUCAGUCCAUUCAUUUCUAUCUAUCUAUCUAUGUCAUUUUUAUUAUCUAUCUAUCUAUCUCAGUUCAUUCAUUUCUAUCUAUCUAUCUAUGUCAUUUUUAUUAUCUAUCUAUCUAUCUAUCUAUCUAUCUAUCUAUCUAUCUCAGUCCAUUUAUUUCUAACUAUCUAUCUCAGUCCAUUCAUAUCUAUCUAUCUAUCUAUCUAUCUAUCUAUCUAUCUAUCUAUCUAUCUAUCUCAGUCCAUUCAUUUCUUUUAUAUCUAUCUAUCUAUCUAUCUAUCUAUCUAUCUAUCUAUCUAUCUAUCUCAGUCCAUUCAUUUCUAUCUAUAUAUCUAUGUCAUUUUAUUAUCUAUCUAUCUAUCUAUCUAUCUAUCUAUCUAUCUAUCUAUCUAUCUAUCUAUCUCAGUCCAUUCAUAUCUAUCUAUCUAUCUAUCUAUCUAUCUAUCUAUCUAUCUAUCUAUCUAUGUCAUUUUUAUUAUCUAUCUAUCUAUCUAUCUAUCUAUCUAUCUAUCUAUCUAUCUAUCUAUCUAUCUUUUUACAGUUUUGUGUCUGGGAGUUUCUUACCCUUAUAUUCUUUUUUCAACACUUCUACUGCGAAGAACCAUUCAUGAUUUUGAAUUGUGUGUCCGCGGAAUCAACACCAACUCCUUUAUCACCCUUCAAGUAUAUAUUGUCUUUCCAUAA